AUGAUAAUGCGGAGUGGACACGUGGAGAUACAUCUUGUCGUGUGUGAAGUCGUGACCAGGUUCAAUGAACAUAGCUUGUCUUCGAGCUGAUGAAAAUGGGCUGUCUCUGAUAUCUCCAACAUCCACUUAUUGGGCCUAUGAUUGUAGCAGCCCAAAAUGCAAAACAAACGACAAAACGACAAACAGAAAUGCACUCGGGACUCGGCCGGGUUGUGGCUCGAGUGACUCUCGGUCUCUAGAAGAUUACGCACAAUUACAAAUUAGCCCCUUCAGUCCGCCCCAUGAGAUAAAGAGAAGAGAGAGCCUUUGCCAGCGUACCCGCCCGUUUGAGAAAUUCAAAAACACAGUGGAGAGAGAAACACAGACAGAGAGUCCGUACAAUAGAGAGAGAAAGAAAUGCCGAAGAACGAAGUAAAGUCGAAGUCGGUUCGGAGGCCGCUGAGGGACUUAGCGAACAACAUCGGCGGUGGAAGAUCCUCGAGACCCGUGACCACCGCAACGAAGAGAUUUACCCAGAAAGAGAAGAUUUACAGGCCUACGGCUCAAGAAGAUGAUGAUGAAGAAGAGGAAGAAGAAGAAGAAGAAGAAAAUGAAGAACUUCUUCUCAUUCAAUCAGACCUUUCUUACAUCAUUGGCAAGUUUGAUGAACUUGUUGUGAAAGCAUCUAAAUUGAAGUUACCGAGCAAAGCUGCGAGAGAAGAACUUGAAUCCUUUGCACAUGAUUUAUCUGAAAUGAGGUCCUCUUUGAAGCCAUGGGUUCCCAGAUUAGCGAGGGUGGUCACCAGUAGUUCUUUGGAGUCUGAGAAUCAGUCGAGAAUGUCUUCAGUAAGUCAAUCUGUUUCUGCUGUAAAUGAAGUUGAAACUGAGGUGCCCGAGAGUCCCGAGAAAACGAAUCUAGACUUCUUAAUCUCUCCUUCACCUCUUGUGUCUUGGCGUGCUAACUGUACUAUUGAGAGAGGAAGACAGAUGUUUUUGCUUACCCCUCUUCCUAUUUCAAAGACACUACCAUCAUCCAAACACCCAGACCCUCCUAAAUUGGUGUUUGAAAGGGUUGCUUCAGAUACUUUGAAGAAGAUACCGCCUUUUAGUUCUAUAUCCAUGGGCACAAAGUAUGAUUUGCUUGAAGAUAUAGAAAUACAGCCAACUCCAGUGAAGCCUUCUUAUUUGGUUGCGACCGAAACAACUAGCAAUGUAGAAUCUGGUGCUGUGUCUCCCCUAAUGUUCUCUAAAAGCAAUUGCUCCAUGGUAGUAAUGACUCCGUGUAUAGAAAGGUCACCUCCGAAAUCUUGUGUAUUGCUCGGAGCAAUUUCUGAGUCCACGCAUGCAGGAAAAAAAAGGAUUCAUAAGUCGACCCCAUUUCCUGUUGGGAUUAAGAAGUGCAGUGAAUCGUAUAUUUCUGAGUCUUCUUCUUCUGGCAGUGAAGCUCCAGAAGGUAUAGCUUUGAAAUAUCCAGAACUUUUGGGCAUCCGAGGCCCAUAUAAAUCAGGGGUUACAAAGAAACAGAUUGAAGCAUCGCCGGAUUGGUUUAGAUCACCUCCUAAAACUUGUGUUCUAAUCGACCCUUCUGAUGAGCCAACUCUGGACAAUGACGUUGCUGCUGCAAAUUGCCGCUUACGAAUGCCAGUAACUGGGCAUGCUCCGAAAAGCCAAACGAAUGUGCCUCUACCAGAAGUUGAUUCCCAAGAUACCGAUCAGCAAGUGAAGAAAACUGUUGUUCAAGAACCUCUAGAUGGCAAUCUCAGCCUUGUUGCGAGCACUCCUAUUUGGAAGGAACCUCAAAGCACAAAUCGAAGAGGCAAACCUCCUGGCGAGAAUACUUUGAAGAAGGAGCUGUGGACAAAGUUUGAAGCAGCCUCUAAUAAGGGGCUUCACAUUAGUGUUUCCGUACUACAAGAACCUUCUCAAAAAGGAUUUCUCGAUCGAUUAGAUGAGGUUUGUUGUGAUGGAGAAAUUUAAAACACCUGAGCCAAUCUUUUGCAAAGAUGUUUCUGAACUUCAGGUUGAUGUGGUUUUGUGAUUGUUCUUUGGCAUUAAGGUGCGUAUCACUUGGUUCUUGUAUCGCUUCCACAUUGGCUUCAGAGCUUGUCAGUUGCAUUUUGGUCCUUUUUCCUUCUCUUUAAUGGGAAGCAAUUCUAUUUUAUAAUUGUCCUUUACCACAUCAAUACUAGCUAAUGCAUGUAGAUUCCCAAUAUUGGGCAGUAAUUUGGAAUCUUAUACGCUGAUAUUGGAAUCUCCCAAUAAUUUACGAAUUGAAUUUUUUCUUGGGAUCAGAAGUGGAAUUUAUUGGCAU